GCCGGCCCAAAUAAGAGCCUUAGUUGUGAAACCUAGGGUUAAGGGCUUUUUAUUCCGUCACACUCUUCUUUCAGUCUUCGUGCUGCUGCUGCUGCAAAAUCUAGGUUAAGCGUUUAUCCUUUGGAGGUUCUCAGGGUUUUUGGUCUUCUCACAAUGGUUCUUCAAAACGAUAUUGAUUUGCUGAAUCCCCCAGCUGAGCUGGAGAAGAGAAAACACAAGCUCAAGCGUCUUGUUCAGUCACCAAAUUCUUUCUUCAUGGAUGUUAAGUGCCAGGGUUGCUUUAACAUAACCACUGUGUUUAGUCACUCUCAGACAGUUGUGGUGUGUGGUAACUGCCAGACCGUGCUUUGCCAACCAACAGGUGGUCGGGCGAGGUUAACUGAGGGUUGCUCAUUUAGGAAGAAGGGAGACUAAAUGGUUUGGUGACCAGGCUUUUGUUUAUCAAUGAUUGGAGAAUUUUGGUUAGGUUUUUGAGAUGGAAUUGAUUUUAGUUAUGAUACAUGAAUUUUGUUAAGCUGUAAGACAAUUUCUCUCAUCCAUCUGCAAGACAUACUAGUACCACCCAAUGUUGAAUUUCUCUUUAUUGAAUUGGAUAUGGUUGAGUUUGAGGGUUUAAUUUUAUGUGGUUCUGUUCUGUAUCUACAAUAUUUUAGCCAUCAUCUUGGCAUGCAGCAAUUAUAAUUUGGAAUUAUUUGGUGUGCUA